CAAACCGCACCUCGUCAGAAAACCGUAGUGAACAGUAAACACUGGGUUGCUCCGCCGUUUGUGUGACAACAAUGGAUACGAGCUAACCGUGCGGGGGUAAUGCGCAGAUAAUUUCCACAGAGGCGCGGGCAGGUUGUCAAAUACAUCACCGAGAGUCAUCGCACGCACCGGGACUGACCUUUCAAUUCCUGCUUCGCGACUAAAGGGCACCGGACAGCUAUGGGUGGGUUGGGAAACGUGCGUCGUGCAGGAAGAUCCCCCCCUUUAAUGAUCGGGGCUCUGAUCGCCUGCAUACUGGUUCUGGGCUUUAACUACUGGGUGUGCAGCUCCCGCAACCUUGAGCUACAGACUAAGCUUUAUGAGAUGGAGGGCCAAGUGCGACGUGGAGCAGCUGAGCGAGGAGUAUCAGAGAUUAAGAAAAAUGAGUUCCAGGAGGAGAUCCAGAGACAGAAAGAGGAGAUCAGCCACCAAGAAAGUCUGUUCAAGAGACAGCUGGAAGCGUUAGAGAUGUCCUGCAACCAAGAGAAGGACAAACUGCAGGAGAACAUGUCCUCUUCUGCCAAAAUAACACAGGAACUCAGAGGUCGGGUGAAUCAGCUGAAUGAAGAAGUGGGGAAGCUUCAAAAGGAGCUACAGAGUUGCCAAGGCAACAUCAACACCCUUAACAGCAAACUCACUUAUGACAUGACCCAGUGUCACUCUCAGGUCCUCUCCCAGAAGGAGUUGUGUGAUGAGAGAGUAGCAGCUGCUAAACUUGAAGUUCAGAAGAAAAUGGAGAAGCUCAUCAGCUCUCCCUCAGUCGUCUCCUUGCAGCUGGAAAAAACAAAGGAUCGAGCCGGAAAAGUUGACAGACCCGUUCUGUCGUUGGCUGACCCGGAGAAGACAUCAACUGUUGUGAGCCACACUCCAAGUGUCCCUCGGCCCAAAGAAAAUGAACCAACUGAACUACUGACUAAUGAGAUUAUUGUUGACCAAGGUUCUGAUGACCCUGUUCCCUCAGUGAACGAUGUCUCGAAAGAAGAGCUCCAGUCGGUUCCCUCUGCUGCUGCAGGCAAGCAGGAUAUUAUACCACCACUAGAGGGAGCUGUCAAAACAAACGAGGCAGGGACAGAGCCCAGUAAACUGAUGAAGAAUAAUCUGACUGAGGAUGAAGACAUGGAGUUGAUGGAUGUUCAUGAAGAGGGCACUCAGACAGAAGACCCUGGAAUGGAGGGCAUGCUGAUUGGCCAGGGAAAGGUCGAUGAGAUGCCUGAUGGUCAGAAAUUGGAGCCAGAAGAGUAUGACGCAGACAAACCCAUUGUGGGUGGAGCUGAUUCCAAGAACCAACAGCAGAUUAGACGCUCAGAAAAUAUCGACAAGGACAUGGAGGAAGAGCUGGCUGACUAUAAUGGCGAUGAUGAGAACGAAGGGGAAUUUGAAGCAGACAAACAAGCAGAACUUGCUCAACACUGAGAGCUGGUGUUGAAGAAGGAUCCCGGACGUGACAUCAGGAAAUAAGACAUGUUUUACACGUCAGCAAAUUCCCACCAUACAGGUUAAUGCAGCCCUUGAAACACAGUUAACACAGAGCAAAUCCCAAUGUAAAAUUCUACAUGAAAAACUUGACGUUCGUUAUUUUUAUCAGGAUUUUCUUCUUGAAUUGUCUUAUUUAUUACCUUGAUCAGAAUAUUACAUGCUGUCCGCUAAUCAUCAAUUCGUCUCUUAUUGGAGGACGAGUGAUUGCAACUUCAUAUGUAGUUUGCAAUCAAUGACUGUAUAAUGAUGACACUUCACUGUUGUGCUUUUGGAGUGGAGUCUUGGUAUCAAAGUUAUGCCCAUACAUUUUCAUAACCAUCCUUAGUUAAAUCCCAGCCAGUCAAAAAGUUUUUGACUGGCCAGUUUUUUUUUUUUUACACUUGAACAUAUAUCAGAUGAUCAGUGAUGGCAACUUUUCUCGGCAAGAAAUUGGUCAAUUUAAGUCCAAUGCACUAACGUUGAUGUGGUGGAGUUUAUGAUUAUACGGCAGCUGCCAUGUCCUCUAUCUAUAUAUUGUCAUUAGUUGCAGCUUCAGUCAAAUAUACAUGGUGUCCAUUUAUAUGCCCUUCACUGUACACAUCAAAUCCUGCUAUGAUGCAGACUGUGCUCACAUUAAUUCCCUGAACUGUAGGUGUCAUUACAUUACAUUUCAUUAAGCUGACGCUUUUGUCCAAAGCGACUUACAUUUUUAGAACACUAAAUUUUUUUUUUAGGGGUUCAGUAUCCUGCCAAGGACACUUAGGCAUGCAGAUGGGAAAGAGUGGGAUUCGAACCGGCAACCUUCUUGUUGCAGAGCACCCGCUCUAUCCCCUAGGCCACACUCCCCAUAAAAACGCUUGGUGAUUCUAAGUAGUUUUAAGAAUUGGUUAGUUUUGAUUUCCGGAUUAGUGUUUCCGGUGUGUUGUGUUAUGUUCACUCUUUUAUGACUGUAACUUGAAGAUGAUGUUAAAGACCCUUAUAGGGUUACUAGUUGUCAAAUACUGAAGUCAUUUUAAAUGAUCAGAGUGAUCCCAUUGACAGAACUCCUCCUUCAGGGGGCGUCGUCUCUCCCUGAGGUACAACAGCAUCUUUAACAAUGCCUUAAGCUACUCUUGUACAGUCUCUCAUAGGAAAGAUGCUGACCUCAUAUCAGCAUCUUUCAGAGCUGAAAUGCUCUAGUCAGAGCAUUUCAGUUAAAGAAAGCUAGGAUAUGCAUGUAAAAAGCAGCAAAAAAAGGAAACUUUGGGGUCAUCUUGUUGUCCUAUGUUUUAUGUCCAGAUUAUUUUCUAAUUCCCAUAAAUCUUCAGACAUUGUGAACUGGUUUAAUAGACACGGCACAGAACAAAUGAACAAAUUCCCCAUAUGGUUUUAUAUGCUCUUGUGUUUUCAACGUACUAUGUUCUGUACAUUUUGAUCAUGAGCAAUCCCCUCUAAACGUGGCUAAUCUAUUGCCUUGGGAUCUUUGCUUUUAUUCUCAGAUCACGCACAGUGACAAGGUUGAAUGUUUCUACGUAAGACACAAUAAUAAAUUAAAAUUUAAGGAAUAGUUUGGAACAUCUGGACAAUAGUUUAUAUUAGAUCGACAAUCUUACUUUAUUAUGACGCAUGCCUUAUUAAAUCCGUGUGCACCAGUUUUCCUCUGUGAUCAUUUGCUUCUGUGCACCUGCUAAGAGGUUUGUCAGUUCUACUUGUUGGAUACUGUUUCGUCUGUCGAUUAGUCUGUUGAUUUGUCUGUGCUUUGUUGAGAACAUGAACAGCCAUUUGUGAGAAUUGCUGUAAUAUUAUGAAGGACAUUUCCCUGAAGUAGGACCAGUGUGUUGUGCGUUCAUGCUCCUGGAGUCCAGUACAUGUGAACUGUUCAGUAGCUGUGCUAAAAUGUAUUCAUCUGCUCAACUUCAAACUGCACUAGGCUGGAAAUUGUGUGUGUGUGUGUUUGAGCGCAAACACAAACUUAUAUUAUGAAAUCAUAAUCAACAAAGUUGGAUAUUCUAUUGCCUUGUAUUUUAUCUUAUACGGGUUAGAAUAUUUAUUUUUGUUUCCUGCUUAAUCAGAGGGGGUGGCCUCCACACUGUUUUAAUCGUCAUCAUUUCCAUAACACACUGACUUAUCAACAGUGUUUAACAUAGUGGAAAGUUAUCUUCCUAGAUAGCUGUUAAACGGUUCUUGGAACACAGAGGGUUUGUUUAACUGUCGGUACAGAUCAGCUGCAGUGCACCUGACUUGGUCCAGGUGGGAAGGAUCGAACUAAAAGUUUAACAUUUGAAGUAUUUUAUCAAAAUCCCUUCUGAUUUCAAAAUGCAGCCGUACAAUGCCUAGUUUUGAAGCUCAAUCCGCUUUAAUGAAGAUGAAUGAACAGAAUAUACAGUUUAUGAAAACUUUAAAUGCUGGAGAACUCGUUUUCUGUCAAGAUGUUAUAGUACAUUCUUUUAUGUACAUUUACUCAUGGCUUCAUGUAAGGCUUGACGACCUGUGCAGAGUCUUUCUGGUUGAGUUAUUUAUUAUAUAGUAACGUUUCCCAAACCAAAAAGCAGUGGUUUAUAAUUCGAAACUUUUUCCAGAGAGUGUCCUCUCAAAUGUAUACGACUGGUAGAAUCAAUGCUAUAAACUUUACGUUUCUUUAUGUUUUUUUUAACGAUUUUUAAAUUUGGGCCUGCUCGUCACAGUAACAAUAUAUAUAAUAGAACUUCUGAAGAAAGAUUAAUUAUUUAAUCAGGAGAAGGAGAAGUUCCCUCAUACAGACAGGAGGUUACAGGGAAACCCUUCGUCCUUAACAAUGCACUGUCGCAGCAACAUCGCCCAGGAAAAUCUCCAUGAACUUCACUCCUUUUGUCUAAAUCUUUCCCCACUUUGGUUGAUUCUGGAGACGUGUGACAUGUUUAAUUCUAUAAUAAUUUUUUCAGAGUUACUGUUAUUCAUUGUCUUGACUGCUUUGGCUUCUCAAUUGUGUAGAAUCUUACAUUUUCUGAACUACAUGUCUGUGCACCUGGAGAGAAAAAAUGUUUUAUUAUUUUUAUACAUUGGAUACACUUUUUUGUUGUUCGAUUGAAUUUGUGUAAAUGUUAAUUUUAUUCUGUACUGCUGAACAAAUUUGUGAAAGAUCUAAAUAAUCAUAGGCUUUAUUGGUGAUUGAGAAUAAAGAUUGUUUUUAUUACCACUA